UCUAACUUAUUUUUGCCUUUCCUUACCACUAUAAACAGAAUAUAAUUUAUAAAUGAUCAUUAGCUGAGAGCAGCCCAGCUGGGUCAAGGCUGGAAGGCGGGGACACAGUUGCAAGCGGUGAAGCAAGGUGGAGGCACGAAGACAGAAGACCAGGUUAAUGAAAGCAUGAGGUGGCUCUUAGGCAGCAGCUGGAGAAAAUUUGGACAGGCUGACAGAGGAAACUAUGACUGGUUAACCAGUGAACCAACUGGGCCACUUCUGGAAACAGAGCUUCAGAGCAGACAACAGAUAAGUUCAACCAAAGAAGAUAUAGAACCAUUCCUGUGCAUCAUAUUGCCUGCCACCAUGAUGCUUUUCCUGGCAUUUCUGCUGCUCUUCCUGUACCGCCGUUGCCAGCGCUCCACCCCACAGGGGCAGAUCUUCAGCAUUGACCUCCCUGAGGCCCUGCCUGAGCAUGAUGUGUCCAAUUUCCUUUCAGCGCUGCCCUGGAGCACUGAGCAGAGCUUCCACUACUCCACUUUGCUCCCCGAAGCCUCGUUCCUCACUGUGUGUUUGCCUCCAUCCUAUGAGGAGGCCACCAUGAGGACUUCCAUGGAAGAGGCUCACACUGAGCUCUGUCCAGAUCCAGUGCCUCCUUACGAAGAGAGCCAUUGCAGACCAGCAGCACCAAAUAAACUUCCUACGGAAGGAUCUUAGCUGAAGCAUGCAGCCCCUCCAGGCACAGACAUGGAACUGCUCUGGCCUUUAUAGUUGGCAAAAAGAUUCCAAAUGAGGAAAAAACAAUCAAUUAAUGAAGAAAGAAGAUUGGAACAACAGGGAAUGAGUCUCUUCACCUCAUUCUAGGAUCCUCUAUCUUCAAUUCCUAGCAAACAUACACACACAAUAUAUAAUCGAAUUGGUGCCAGAUUGGUAACAUGGGUGUACAAGUUCACAGAGCAUGUCAGACAAGGAUUAAACUUAAUGGCAGCUGAGAGU